GCUUCACUGGCGUUGCCCACGUUGCAAUAUUCGAACUCAGUGAUAACCUGUGAGUGUGAAAGAGGCUUAGCGGUGCUAGGAAGACGACCCGCUGUGUGUGACAGCCAAGUGUCCAGAUAAAACCUCCGCAUCAACCCCCUUCGGUCGCAGAUCCCAGACAGAACAGCCGCGGGGAAGCACGGACCUGAACGACAACAUGCAGUUUUUCUACCUUACCAUUGCUCUCUUAAUAUCUGCAGUUGUAUCGCUGCCCAUGUCCAGUUUUUACAAACGGCGACCCUUUUACAAACGGAGUCUCGGCUGUACGGACAAAUACGGGGUAUUCCGCGCCCCAGAGACGUACUGGGAAAUCGGCUGUGCGGAGAGGUGUUACUGUCUACAACAAGAAAAUGGUACCUACAAAGCGGAGUGCGGGCCUUAUGUCUGUGCUGUUCCUGUCUUAAAAUACGGCAGUUCCUGCUUUUGGGUGGAAAAUCCUAAACGUAACGAUCAAGCCGGAGAAAACUGUUGUCCUGUGCUAAAGUGUGAAGACGGACGGAGGAUUUUCUCAAAUGGUGUCAUGGGAAAGAAACGCUGAACAACGUUUCCGACCGGGAUCUGUGUCCUGCAUGACAGGAACUGCCGUGUGGACCUGCGCGACAGAAGCGGGUGCUCUAGAAAUUUCUUCAUAGUCUCCCUGUUCAUUUUAUCACUUGUUCUAUGGCUAAAAAGUGUAUGAGUCUACGUUAGAUGUAUUUAUUUGGUUAGAUUAUAAAAGUACUGUUUUAGAUAUACUCGCAUAAAUUCUCUCCGGUACUUAAACCUUAUCCCUUCCUCUCCCCCUCCCUACCCGGGAACCACAAGAAAUAAGACUUCCAUCCACAUUUAUUUUUUGACUACAAGAAACAGUUCUUUAUUAAAAAUAGGAUAUAAUUUCCUAGUACAACGUGCAAGUUUCCAUGUUCGCAUGAAGAAAAAAGUGUCUCUCAUCUGUCGUCUCACCUCUGACUAAA